ACGUUUCUGGGUUAACUGUUAAAAUAUCUUGUUGUCUAUAAAUAUACUGCUUAAUAAUUGCAGAGAAAUAAUAGUAUUAGAAGAGUGAGUGUGGAUUCAUAUCAAACGGUGUUUAAUGUACAUAUCGGAUCGACCUGGAGCACUAAAAUCGAAACCCUUCCAAACUAAGAGUCAAUAUACCUAACCGUUUGACUGAUUUGCGAAGUCGUCAGAAUGGCCCGUGGACAACAGAAACUUCAGUCGCAAGCAAAAGCAGCUGACAAAGCUGCAAAAGCCAAGAAGCAACAGGGGCACAGUGCAAACGAUCAGAAAAAAGCUGCCCAGAAAGCCCUUGUCCAUGUCUGUGCUGUGUGCAAGGCACAGAUGCCAGACCCCAAGACUUACAAACAACACUUUGAGAACAAACAUCCGAAGAAUGAUAUGCCUGAAGAUUUGAAGGAUGUAUGAGAGUGGAGACUCUGAAUAAGCAGAGGAGGAGAACAAGCGAUUGACGGGUUUGCGUGGACGACAAAAGGAUGAAAGCAUACAGUAGGCAGAAGGGACGGGGUCACACAUCUAGCCCAGAAUGAACGUAAUAAAAUUACAAAAAAAAAACAAUAAUAACAAUUUUGACAAACAAAAAACAGUGGUUGUAUCUUUAAAAGAAAACUCAUAUAUCACCAACUCACCAAAUAUAAUACAUUGAUCGAAUCGCGCUGGACUCUGAUUCAUAAAAAAAUCAGUAAAAGCCAUUUAUCCAAUUAAUAUAGUAUAAAUCAGCUCAGGCGCGUCUCGCCGUCUUAGGGAUUGUCGGAACAGAAUCAGAAGAGAUGCAACUGGGUUCGACUUUCAUGCACAAUCCCACAUAGCAUGAAUGCAUUCACAAAAUUAAUCAAUUUUACAUUCAGUAUCUAUGAUUCAGGGUUAAAUUAUAGUGUAUGAUGAUCGAUACCUUUAUGUAUGAAAAUUAAGAAUGUCAAAUAAUUCUUUAAUGCUUAUUGAAUCUAUGACUACACAGAUUAUUACGAAUAGAUGGAUAGAUAGGUGAAUAAAUAAAUAUAAGAAAAGAGUGAGAGAUGAAUAAAAAAAAUUUGUCAUCGAGUCGAUUAUUGCUAUUGCUACUCAGCUGUAGAUUAUCGAAUGUUAGAAGCUUAUCAUUAUUUAAAUUAUUCAAUAAUUCUAAUCGGUGAAAGGAUUUGGCGACCUGGAAAUUUGCUCCUUAACGUUAACAUUUCACUCGGCAUGCGUCUCGAAGUUUGAAAGUACUGUAAGUUUAAGCUGGUAGUGAAAUUUCAAUCAUUGCCUGAAAAAAUUAAUACGCACGACGAAUUCCGCUCCUGGCGAUACACAUCCUGAAUCACGUAGGAGUGAUAAUAAACCCGAACGUAUGCAGAGCUAACGAAAUAAUGAAAAAAAAAAAAAUAAACGAUCGAUUUAUCGGAAGUGCCAAAACAUAAGACAGUAUUAAAAAGUGAGAUGAUCGGUUAAAAGAGGAAUCAGGAGCUGAAUACGUCGUCUUCUGACUUUGCUGUCACACAAUUAAUUGUUAAUGAUGACUCGCAUUUUAAUAAUUAUGAUAUCUGUCGUGUUUUUCAACUGUUAAUAAAUCGUUCAAACAUUA